UCUGAAGAGCUGAUUUUUUAUUUCCUUCAGAGAAUAACUUGGUGAAGAUACAGGGAUACACAUCCAUGUCUCAACGCCGCGUGUUAAGGGAAGGACGUGAAAGUCAUUUUAGGAUCCUUCCAAGAUUCUUUCACAUUCUUCAUGGCAGACGUCACUCACGAAAUAGCCCACGUCAAAUAUGCUCUGAUGAAAUCAUGCAUCAAGAUAUCACUCCCCUCUAUGCUGCAGAUAUUCAGGACCAGUUAAAGAAGCAGUUUGCCUACCUGUCAGGUGGACGAGGGGAAGAUGGAUGCCCUGUUAUUACGUUUCCAGACUAUCCAGCUUUCAGCGAGAUCCCGGAGAAGGAGUUCCAGAAUGUCCUGACCUACUUGACAAGCAUCCCAAGUUUACGAGAUGCCGGAAUUGGAUUUAUUCUUGUCAUAGAUCGCAGACAGGACAAAUGGACCUCUGUGAAAGCAUCCAUACUACGGAUAGCAGCAUCUUUCCCAGGAAACCUGCAACUGGUCCUCGUUCUGCGCCCAGCAGGAUUUUUUCAUCGAGCACUCUCAGACAUUGCUUUCAAAUUCAACAAAGAUGAACUUAGAAUGAAAGUACCUAUCAUAAUGCUGGGCUCAGUAUCAGAACUUCAGGGUUAUAUUGAUAAAACACAAUUAACAGAAGAUCUUGGUGGCACCCUGGAUUACUGCCAUAACAGAUGGCUGUCCCGUCGCACUGCUAUAGAAGGUUUCGCCCAAAAGGUUAAGCAAACAGCUCAGAUUCUUCAGUCCUUUGGGACUGAGCUGGCUGAAACAGAACUACCAAGUGAUGUGCAGUCAACCAGCUCGCUUCUUGCAACACACACAGAAAAGAAGGACAAAAUGAAGGAGGAUAUCAGGUUAGCAGUAGAACAGGGAGACGAUAUCCUUGGAAGUAUUACACAACCGGUUACUGAGAAUCCAGAGUACAAACUGAAUCAAGACCAGCUAGACAAUCAAACAACGGUGGAAAGGCUUCUGGCUCAAUUGCAUGAAACAGAGACUGCCUUUGAUGAGUUUUGGAUUAAGCAUCAGCAAAAACUUGAGCAGUGUCUGCACCUUCGGAAUUUUGAACAGAAUUUCAGAGAGGUCAAAGCAGCUUUGGAUAUUGUGUCCGAGAGACUGUCUGCUUUCACAGAUGUGGGAAACAGCUGUUCACAUGUGGAGCACAUUUUGAAAGAUCUUGCCAACUUUGAAGAAAAAUCACAUGAAACUGUAGCAAAGGCCAGAAUGCUAGCCUCAGAGGGUGAUGCUUUUAUUCAAAGCAAUCAUUAUGCCAUGGACUCCAUUAUUCCAAAAUGCAGUGAACUUCAUCAUCUCUGUGAUGCCUUCACUACGGAGACUGAACGAAGGAGGAAUCUUCUUAACAAAUCUCUAGAGCUGCAUGGCAUACUAGAAAAGUCUAUGAAGUGGUGUGAUGAAGGAAUUUAUCUGCUGGCUUCACAGCCCGUUGAUAAGUGUCAGUCACAGGAUGGUGCAGAAUCAGCAUUACAGGAGAUUGAGAAAUUCCUGGACACUGGUGCAGGCAAUAAAAUCAAGGAGCUGAAUAAAAUAUACAGAGAGUAUGAACACAUCCUCAGUGAGGACUUAAAGGAGCAUGUGCAGAAGGUUUUUCAGAAGCAAGAAAGUAUGGAAGAAAUGUUUCAAAAGAGACAAGUCAGUCUUAAGAAACUGGCAGCUAAGCAGACACGUCCUGUUCAGCCAGUUGCCCCGAGACCCGAGGCCUUUGUAAAAUCUCCUUGUACCUCUCCAGGUCUUCAAAGCGAAUACGGAUCCAGCUCAGAAAGCAGUGCACUUCGGAGGGUAAACUACAGAAGAGGAAAGAGUGAAAUGACUGAACUCCACCAAAGCAGAGGAGGAUCUGCCAUGGAUGAUGAAGAAAACCUCGCUGUGUUACGGCAGCAUGUGAUUAAUGAACUUAUUGAGACUGAACGAGCAUAUGUAGAAGAACUUCUCUGCGUUCUUGAGGGUUAUGCUGCAGAGAUGGACAACCCCUUAAUGGCUCAUCUGAUUUCGCCAGAGCUCCAAAAUAAGAAAGAUAUCUUGUUUGGGAAUAUGGAAGAAAUUUAUCACUUUCACAACAGAAUAUUCUUGAGAGAAUUAGAAAACUAUAUAGAAUACCCAGAACUUGUAGGACGGUGCUUUCUGGAUCAGAUGGAGGAUUUCCAGAUUUAUGAAAAAUACUGUCAAAAUAAACCUCGAUCCGAAAGUUUGUGGAGGCAGUUUUCAGAUUCUGUGUUCUUUCAGGAAUGCCAAAGGAAACUGGACCACAAGCUCAGUUUGGACUCAUACUUGCUGAAACCCGUUCAAAGAAUAACCAAAUACCAGUUGUUGCUAAAGGAAAUGCUGAAGUACAGUAAAAACUGUGAAGGUGCUGAAGAUCUUCAGGAGGCAUUAACUUCUAUACUGGGCAUUCUCAAAGCAGUUAAUGAUUCUAUGCACCAGAUAGCCAUUACAGGCUAUGAUGGAAACCUGAGUGAGCUGGGCAAGCUUUUAAUGCAGGGAUCCUUCAAUGUCUGGACUGAUCAUAAAAAGGGUCACUCAAAGGUGAAAGAUCUGGCACGCUUCAAGCCAAUGCAGCGACACCUCUUCCUCCACGAGAAAGCUGUGUUGUUCUGUAAAAAGAGAGAAGAAAAUGGAGAGGGCUAUGAAAAAGCUCCUUCUUACAGCUACAAACACUCCUUAAAUAUGGCAGCAGUUGGAAUAACAGAAAAUGUCAAAGGUGAUGCAAAAAAAUUUGAAAUCUGGUAUAAUGCAAGGGAAGAAGUUUACAUUAUACAGGCACCAACCCCUGAAGUUAAAGCGACUUGGGUGAAUGAAAUAAGAAAAGUGUUGACAAGUCAACUGCAGGCAUGCAGAGAAGCCAGUCAGCACAGGACACUAGAACAAACACAGAGUUUACCUCUACCAGCAUCAUCUUGCACAAGUCCUUCACAGAACCACAUCAGAAAUACUAAGAAAAUGGAGGAGAAAAAAGCUGAUCUCACAAGUCAGGAAGUUUAUGGCAUCACAGCUGCACCAAAGUACCCUGAGAAAGGUAAAGCUUCUCCUACCAGUCCUGACAAAAAAGCUAAGCGACACGAAGUAGUGAGUGACCCAACUCCUUUUGGUUUAAGAGGCUGGUCUAAAACGUCUCAUUCUCUUGAUGCAUCUGAAGAAAAUGAUGGCUGGUCUAGUGCUGAAGAUCCACUGAAUUCAUCAGAUGCGGAGGAAGACGGAGGAGGAGGUGGAAGCGAGAUGAAGCUGACUCCUGGUAAAUAUACAGUUGUGACUGAUUAUGAGAAAGGAGUUGCUGAAGAAUUUACAGUGAAAAGUGGAGAUCUAGUUCAACUGAUUCGUGAAGGGGAGGAUGGACUUUGGUAUGUAAAGAACCUUAGCACUGGUAGAGAUGGUUGGAUUCCAGCAAGCAACCUGCUGAUGCUCAUAGGCAAUUCAAAAUCGGCUCAAUCUUUAAGCAGCUCUGAAUCAGGCACUGCCUCCAGCACUUUGAGCACAUCAUCAAGUUGCAGCGACAGCUGCAAUGUCAGCAGCACCAGCUUCUCUGACAUUAAGGGCUAACGUCAAUUUUCACCCCACCUUCAUGCAAGGUAAAUGUGGAGUUUGCCAUUAUGUGCAGAGUUCUGGACAUCGGACUGCAGCUGAGAACCACUUGUUCUGUGUUGCCAGCCCUGAGCAUCUUCCUUGGCAAUUUUUACAGCUUCUCCUAGAAGAUCCAGAAGAUCCCAAUGGAAAGUGCACAGAACGUGAAGUUGUAGAUAGAAGUUAAACAGUUUGAAAUAGGUUCUCGUGGAGGCUUCUGCUCUGAAGUCUGAAGCUACAGAGCUGUUAGCAUAGAACACAUUUUCUCAUUGAUACACAGUCAGGUUUCUGCAGAACUGUAUCAUUUCAUAACAGCCAGAAUCUGAAUGUGAGCAAACAAAAUGUGUUCGGUGCUAAAUCCUCAUUGUAGACUAAUAACAUAGCAAUCACUGUACAGGAUAGGUAUGAGGAAAAAUAAAUCUGAGUUUACAAUUUCUAUUCCUAAAAACCCCUUUCUCCAAGGAUGUACCUCAGUCAGUGCAGUGAAUGGGACUCUUACAGCAACCAAGAAAGAGGUUCGGUCCAGCCUUUUCUCUUCUCUUGGGUCUUCAGGAUAUUAUUCUGCUCCCUAGAGACUGGGAUGCAGACAUGGCCAAUUCACUGACCACAACAGCAUCAAAAGAAACUUAUUUUUAUCCUUUCCAACAUUGUAAUGAUGUGUGCAAUGGAAUAGCUGUUUUCUGAGGUAUUUUUGACCUCACAACCAAAUUCUUUACCAAGAUCACUGUGUUUACAUAGCCUUGGUAAUUUAGUAAUAUCUUUUUCCUUUCACAGGUGCACAAUGAAACACAAAUGUUCUUAUUCACUACAUGAUUUCCUAACAGAUGGUAGUGACACUUACCUUCAGCUCUCACAGUUAACAUGCAGCUACAGGCAGAGGAAACUAUUGUGGCUGUGCUAUGGAUCAGGACCUUCCUUCAGACAAACCUAUGAGGGCUAGAAAUCAGAUGUAUUUUUAGUCAGUAGUGUUUGUUGUAGAUUUAUUCGAAGAGAAAAGAACAAUUACAUAAUUUUCUAUAAAAGGGGAGCACAAGAGAAAAAAAAUAUUAGAGAAGAGUCAGUUUUAUGCUACAGACAAGUUUUGUUUUGUUUUUUUUAAGGAAGGGUGAUGCUUAACUUGCCAUUUUUCAAGGUAUGAUGUAAGCCAACAUUGUGGACUUCCACAUUGCCAGACAUUCUUUACGCGUCAUCCUUACAGAUGUUCCAAACCUGUGUGCAUGUAUGGAAUAUUGUGUUCAGUCCCUUCCAUCUCUCAAAUGUUUUUACUUGUAUGAAAAUAGGUUUUUAAGUGAUUCAUGUACAAUAUUACAUAAGCAUAACGUGGACAUUAAGAGCAUACUUUUUCAGAAGCACUAAGCACAGCAGAUUAUGUCAGCGAGAAGUGCUGUUCAUCAUCAGACUUUCUGAAGGCUGAGCCCUGAAGUCUGUCUUCAUGCCAGAAUUUUGUAUUUUAGAGGCUGCAGCUUAGGAAACUUAGACAACAAAUAUUCUAAAGAACAAUAUUACUCCUGGGUUGUUAAAGCAGCCCUACCCCAGAUGCAAUCAAAAAUGCAGCUGACCGUGGUCAGUACAAAUGGAACCAUAUAUAUACACGCUCGUGCAUUCAUGCACAUACACGUGUGCACGUAUGUGCUUGUGUGUGUAUAUAUGCAUGUGUAGAUAUGUAAAUGUGUGUAGAUAAAAUGUAUCAAUGUAAAAGAUGUAUUUAUAGUCUUCAUGCUGCUGAAUGUGUCACUUUACAAUUCAUAAAUACUUAGGUUUCUUGCAAUACUACAAUAUAAAGGCUGAUCAGGGUUUUACUUAAGGCAUCUUUUCCAAUGCAGAAAUCCUCUGAUCUUUUUUUUUGAUUACCCCAUAGAAUGCUGUGCUGUCUGGGAGUAUUUAGUCUGAUAUUUAACAAUGGAAUGGCAACAUGAGGUUCAGCUUACCCUCAUCCACAUAAGUUAUUUUGUAAAUUUUCUGUAACAUAAUUUGCUUAUAUAUUGCUGUCAUUGCUAGGAUGAGACUGUCCUUUCGUUCCUCUCUGCAGCCUCAUUUGUGUUACUUCAAUGGUUUUCUCCACAUCGUUGCACUUUAAUAUACAAUCCAUUCACUAUUACCUUUUUUUUUUACUGCUGUUGUGAAUUAGAAGUUCAAAGUCAGAGGUCUCUAUUGUAAUUAAUUUGAAUAAAUUUCAGCACUUCUAGCUGAAUGCCUUUA